AUGGCACCCCUUGAUUUUGUUGCACUUAAAGACUUGCACAAUUCAGCAAACAACCUUCUCCAUUCUCCAAUAGUUCAACAAGCUAUUGCCCAUCAAACAGAAGAAAAAUGGUUUGAUGAUGUGUCAGAGUCAUCUCUGAGGAUGUUGGAGGUGUGUGGCAUCUCAAAAGAUGUUCUCUUGCUAGUAAAAGAACACCUCCAAGAACUUCAAUUCACUUUGCGUAGAGCAAGCAUUGGUGAUCCAGGAAUUGAAGAAAAAAUCGCAGCCUACAAUUGCUAUAGGAAGAAACUGAAGAAAGAAACAUUGAAGUGGUUGAAGUGGUUGAAGAAGGGUAUGAAGAGUCAAACAGCCACCAUGCACCCUCCAAUGUUUAAUGAACAAAAGCUAGUGUUGGUUGUUGAUGUGCUAAGAGAAGUGAGGAUGACCAGCAUUUGCAUUGUGGAAUCACUUUUGUCCCUUGUUUCCUCACCUUGGUUGGAUACAAAAUCAGGGAAAUUAAGGUCCUUCACAUCAAAGCUUGUGCGUGUGAGUUUGCAUUGUUGUUCAGAUGAUAUGAUCUAUUAUGAUGCCAUGGUGCUUCAAAGUGAAAACAAAAGGUUAGCAGGGGUUAGGAUGGCCAUAGAAGAUCUUGAGGUGGAGUUGGAGUGCAUGUUCAGACGUUUGAUCCACACAAGAGUUUUGCUUCUUAACAUUCUUACCAAAUAG